GAUCCUAAAAUAGCCCAGGGAGAAAUAAUCUGUCCAUAGAGAAGAAUUGCUCUAGUUAACAAUUGGACAACUUAACUUUGAAAUAAAGGCAGGUCUCCUGUUGUGGUAUGGGUGGUUUUGUUACAUUGCAGUACCGUUAGUAAUCGAUAAGACUCCUUGUUCCAUUUUCAACAUCUUUCUUAAACUGUUACUGUUUAUUGAUCGAAAGUGAUGUUAAGAAUCCUUCGUUUGCGUUUAAAAUAAAGGGGAUCAUUACUUCUGAAGGAUAUUGAUUGUUCUUAGUAUAAGGUGAUCAACAAAAACCCUUCGAUGUGAGUGGGUCAAUAUAUGUGACUAUGUCAGUGAAACACAGUAGCCUAUACUCGCAAACACCGCUACUACAAAUUGCGAUAGUGUUAAAAAAUAAAAGGGUACCUGGCCAUUAUUCCGCUGUUUUCAGGAUUAACCUACUCUAUUUUCAAUUCACAUUGCCCGGGCAGUAAAUAGAGGGAAGUGGUCUGAUUUGCAUGUAAAUGAAUCCAAAAUGCGAGUCAUUCAAGCCGCUAAUUAUACCACUGUUCGGACGGUGACUUGCUGACAUCAUGGACACUCAUUAGCAUCCAGGGAGCUGUGUGGGGUAGUGAGAGCCGAGAGGUGGCUAGUCAGCCAGUCAGUCUCUGGAUAUAGCCUGCCGUGAUCGGACCGGAAUGUUUUCUAUAUCUUUCGGACAGAACAUUUUCACAUCGUCAUUUAACGUUGUAACUUAGCCGCUGGAACCAUUGUAGCCUAAUCAUAAAAACAGUUUCCGAGGAUCGAUUUGGAUUUGCUUAAGUGAACCCUGCAUUUCCUGCUGUAGAUCUUGCUAAACAACUGGAGGGACUGUAUUCAUCAUUAACAAAAGUUGAUGUUACCGUACACUCGUCGUUUUUCUGAUCGUUUGUGUGGAUUUCGGCAAAGGUCUGCGGUUUAAAUAGAUACUGGAGGCGUAGUUUGUGGUGGCAUACCAACGGGAAAGCGAGUUGGGCAAGAUUGUUGAUGUUUCACAGUAAAUGAAGGAGCUGGCGAUGUGGAGCGCAUGUUUUAAAACUAACAGAGAUCGGGGGAACGACAAGCUCCUUAUUUCAAGUUCCUGGUAAAGGUAAGGAAGAUCUGCCUCCACUGUAAGUGUCCGCGCGAGGAGCAUGCGGUGAGCGUCAUGCAACUGGAGAUGGAGAAGACGGUCACCAAGCUGAUGUACGACUUCCAGCGGAACUCCACGUCGGACGACGACUCCGGAUGUGCCCUGGAGGAGUACGCCUGGGUCCCCCCGGGGCUCAAGCCAGAGCAGGUCCACCAGUACUACAGCUCUCUGCCAGAGGAUAAGGUGCCCUAUGUGAACAGCCCCGGAGAGAAGUACCGCAUCAAGCAGCUCCUGCACCAGCUACCUCCGCACGACAAUGAGGCGCGCUACUGCAACUCCCUGGACGACGAAGAGAAGCGCGAGCUCAAGCUCUUCAGCAGCCAGCGCAAGCGGGAGAAUCUGGGUCGCGGAAAUGUGAGACCCUUCCCUGUGACAAUGACCGGGGCCAUCUGUGAGCAGUGUGGUGGGCAGAUAAACGGCGGUGACAUCGCGGUGUUUGCGUCGCGGGCGGGCCACGGCGUGUGCUGGCACCCGCGCUGCUUCGUGUGCAGCAUGUGCGACGAGCUGCUGGUGGACCUCAUCUACUUCCACCAGGACGGCAAAAUCUACUGCGGCCGUCACCACGCCGAGAGGCUCAAGCCCCGCUGCACUGCUUGCGACGAGAUAAUUUUCGCGGACGAGUGCACUGAGGCGGAGGGCCGCCACUGGCACAUGAAGCACUUCUGCUGCUUCGAAUGCGAGACGGUGCUGGGCGGACAGCGCUACAUCAUGAAGGAGGGCCGGCCCUACUGCUGCGGCUGCUUCGAGUCCCUCUACGCUGAAUACUGCGACUCCUGCGGGGAGCACAUCGGUAUCGACCAGGGCCAGAUGACUUACGAUGGGCAGCACUGGCACGCCACUGAGGGGUGUUUCUGUUGCGCCCGCUGUAAGAAGUCCCUGCUGGGUCGGCCCUUCUUGCCCAAGCAGGGCCAGAUCUUCUGCUCGCGGGCCUGCAGUGUGGGCGAGGACCCCAACGGCUCCGACUCCUCCGACUCGGCCUUCCAGAGCGCCCGCUCGCGGGAGUCCCGUCACUGCGCCAAGGCCGGCAAGAACGGCAGCGCGAAUGGGCGCGCCGACGGGAGCGGCAACGCCGUCGGACCGGACAAGCAGGCCCCCCCCGGGCGCUUCUCGGCCGACGUGGACCCGCUGUCGCUGCAGAUGGACCUGCUGAGCCUGUCCAGCCAGACGCCUAGCCUGACACGGGAGCCCCCCAACUGGAGGAGCCAGAGCGAGGCCUACCCCUACGACACCGCGCCCAGCCCCCUGCAGCUGCUCAGCCAGUGUAACAUCAGGACGAGCUACAACCCCACGCCCACCUCAGGAAAAGCCAUGGCCCAGAGGGUGAAGGAACCCAGCCACCCAAACAAGAGACCCCCCAUAUCGGCCCUCAAGGGACACUCCUUUAACGAGAACUGGUUCAGUGGACCCGAUGAGUAUUCCCCGUCCAAGUCGAAAGCGCAGUCCAGCUUCAGCGACGUGUCUCAUAACGGCUUCUCGGAGAAGCGCUCCGUCAGCCUGCACGUGUUCCAGAGGGAGCGGGAUGUGGAGACUCAGGGAGGGCGGAGCAGAAACCCGAUCAGUGCACUUAGUUUCACCGAGCAGCUCACCCCGCUCGAGCAAACCCCGAGAGGCUCCAUGGAGUCAAUAGCCUUGUCUAAUGCAACAGGGACAUCAGCAGAUGGAGGUGGCAAGCGUCAGGAGCACCUCUCUCGCUUCUCCAUGCCGGACCUCAGCAAAGACUCGGGUAUGAAUGUCUCUGAGAAGAGCAACAUGGGCACACUCAACUCCUCCGUGCAGUUCCGCAGCUCCGAGUCCCUGCGAAGCCUGACCUCCGUGCAGCCCUACAUGGAGAUGGAGGCCCCCGUGGGGGUCAAAUACCCCCCGCAGUACCACCACCAGCCAUCGGUCAUGAGUGCCCUGCCCCCCGGUUUCGCCUACCAGGAGGAGGACCGGCUGAGCCUGGUGAGCAAUGCCAACAGCGCCCGUCUGCCGGCCAUGGGGGAGCGGGGCCGGGGGAUGCGAGGCGGCCCGGCGGAGGAGACCAAACGCCGGCACCACCACCACCACCAGCACCGCCGCUCCAGACGCUCGCGCCGCUCCCGUUCGGAGAACGCCCUCAACCUGGCCGCCGAGCGCCGGCCGCCCAUGCAGGACCGGCCGCAGAGGCGCGUGUGCGAGGACUACGACCAGUUCCCGCCUCCGCGGGGUCAGCGGGACGUCCUGGGCGGGGGAGGCCGCCUCCACCCGCAGCCCUUCAGGCAGUGCCCGCGCACCACCUCCGACCUGACGCUCCAGAACCCGGCGGGCCUGCGGCCGAGGGGCCUGCGCGGCUGGGACGCCGACUACGCCGACGAGGACGACUGGUGCUCCACGUGCUCGUCCUCCUCGGAGUCGGACGACGAGGGCUUCUUCCUGGGCGAGCCCAUCCCCCGGCCGAUGCAGCUGCGCUACAUGACCAGCGAGGAGCUGCUGCAGAAGUACAGCUCGGGAGGACUGGGAGGCCCCGGGCAGAUCGGCAGCCGGGGGCAGCUGCACACGCGCAAGCGCAGGAAAAGCAAGAACUGCAUCAUAUCCUAACUCUAGCCUACAGGGUGACUAGGUCACAUCCAUAGUAUCUCUAUCUACCCCUGAGAGAGGAAAAGAAAACACUUGCACAAAAGUAUUUCCAACUCCAUUUAAAACAAAAAAAGAGGACACCACUCAAACGCUUUUUAAGUAUUGUGAGGUAAUUGUGAGCAAGUUCAAAGUAGGUUAAUCCGUUGACAGCACAGAUGUUUUGCAUGUUUUUUUUUUUUUUGUUUGUUUUGGUUUUUUUUUGCUACUGCAGCAUCAUUACUGAGUAUUAUAUUUCACCAGCUUCUACUGCAUUUUGAAGGUCUGCUAUGCCGCCAUAUUGUACUUAUCAAAGCCGAUGUGCAAUGGUUCUAAAUGUCUCUUGUCCAGCCUCAGUAACAGUCCAGUAUGGUUCCGCUUAUUCCUGCAAUGUGGAUUUCUUAAAUAUCAUUUUAGGCAAUUAUAAGGUGUACAUAAAUUAAUGAAUGAAUGAAUUCACUAAGUUAAGGAUGUAAUGUAAAUACAUUGUAAAUGAUGUACCACAUAUUUUUAUAUUUUGUAUCGAUAGAAUUGUUUAUGUAUUAUAUAUAUAUAAUGUAGAAAUAGAAAAGCAUGCACAUUAAUUUGCUGAUUUUUGUCCUGCGUUGGAAUUAAAGAGUAUUUCAUUGAAAGUU